AUGACGAUCACGUUAAGUCGAAUUUUGGAGCUCAACUAUAUGAAUCCCGUUUUUGUUCUUCACAAGAAACAGAUCUGUGACGCAGUUCACGACACGAGGUCGGAUGCUGCUUUGCAGAAUUUGGUUGCAUUUGUGACAUUUCGUACGAAAGGCGGUACCUCGACUUGUCUUCAAUGGUUCCGGGAUACUCGUUAUGACACGUUGGUAGUGUCGAUGACAUCACCCACUCCACCUUAUUGUCUCGUUGAGGCCGAUCGAAACGCUAGAGAUCGAUCGUAUAGUCAGUGUCUUAUGGCACGCGAUUUAUCUUGCGUUUGGCUUGCUGUCACGUUGCUCGCCGUCAACUGGAUAACAGUUAGCUGCUGCGACCUACCAUACUACGGCCUGAAUUGCAGCGAUAUGUGUGGAGCUAAUCUGACGGGGUUGGCAGGCGUUAUUCGUCCUCCUGGUUACGAUUCUUACAACGAACAUUACGAGAACUCGGUGGAGUGCAAGUGGAAUAUUAUUCCUCGGGUGGAGAACGUGUACGUCGUCAUCACAUUCGAUCAUUUUCUUACUGAUUCGUGCUGCGACUAUCUGUCGGUUACUGCUGAUCCAUUUUCUGGAUACUCCACUGAACUAGCAAAAUUUAAAGACACCGAAGCCCACACGGUGAUUCAUAAAGCUCCUCUUCGUCUUUCCUUCUACUCUGAUGGUUCGUCGACAAGACGAGCCUUUAGUUUACGCUACACAAUUGGACAACCACCCAGCUUUCUUUCACGAACGUACAAUCAAUAUGUGAACGAAGGUGACAGGGUGUUACUUCUUUGUAAUGUGCAAGGAAUGCCACCACCUGUAGUGACGUGGUACAAAAACGGAUUGGAGAUUCAAGUUGGCUCUAAUCUUUUGUCUCAAUUUGAAUUGCAAGGAAACCAUCUACUAAUAACAAACGUAACGGAAGGAGACAUUGGAUAUUUUCAAUGCAGAGCGCAAAAUUUCCUGAACGAGACGGAACAAUAUUUCCGGCUAUUAGUUUACACGUUUCCAAAAAUUCUAUUUCAUCCAACAUCAGUUCACUUUGAUUCUUUGCUACCCGCUUACAGCGAAGAUGGUUCCUUACACAAUGAAGGACUGCAAGCCGUUUUUCGCUGUCAAGUUCACGGGUAUCCUCGGCCAUAUACUAUCUAUUGGAAAAAGAUCUCGAUAUCUUUCGCUGACGUGGUUAACAAUCAAACCAGUGAACGUGUCUGA